GUUAAGAUUAUGUUAGCAACGUAAAUAUUCGAAUCUUCCGAAAUGAAACAUACAUUUGAAUAAGUAACAUCAUCAUAAUUAUACAAAAUCCUAAAAGAAAUUUGAGUAAUUUCUAUUUCUUGAAAAUUCAUAAAAUGCAUUUUUCAUCUAUAAAAAAUUUAGAAUCACCAAAUUGUACUACACCAAAUAGAAUUUCUGGAAAUUGUAUUAGCAUGCAUAAAUGUUCACCAUUAUUAAAAAAACCAGAGGAAAAACCUCUUCGUCAAGAAACUAUUGACUAUUUAAAGGGUUCUUAUUGUGGUUUUGAUGGUCAUUUAAAUAUGGUCAAAUCAUAUAAUACGUAGAUUUAUACCUUGAGGCAAUUUAGUCGCAUAUAUAAACGCAAUGGUGGGGGAUACCAGUUGACCAAGUCUGUAGCCGCACAAUCAUUUGCGUUUCCAGUUAUUGUCCGGGACUUCAGGCUUAAGCAUAAGUUCCGUGGUCAAUCUAAGACAUUCGUUAUCCAAGGAAUUUAUUCUUUGCUUUUAAUCGUUUAAUACAGAUCCAAUAAAAAUGAUAUAUUUAUCUUUAUUCAUCAUUGUUACCUUUUACGUAUCAUCGUUUAGUGUUGUUAAUACACAAUCACCCAAUUGUAUUACACCAAAUGGAAUUGCAGCAAAUUGUAUUAGCAUACAUCAAUGUACACCAUUAUUAAAAAAACUAGAAGAAAAACCUCUUCGUCAAGAAACUAUUGACUAUUUAAAGGGUUCUCAAUGUGGUUUCGAUGGAUUAGAUCCACUCGUAUGCUGUCCUCCUAACAUUAAUUCGUCUAAUCCCAAUUUGAAUAAACCGUUAGAAAUAUCUACAGAAACCUCAAUAAGCACAUUAGAGAAUGUAAAUAAUAAUGACGCUAUUAUCAAAUUACUCGAUAAUCCCUUGUUACCAAGUGAUUGCGGAAGAGAUUCGAUACCUCGAGAUUUGGAAACAGUAGAAACUAGCCCUAGCGAAUUUCCAUGGAUGGUAUUAUUGGAAUAUAAUAAUGGAUUGAACAGAAAAGUUUUUUGUACUGGAAGUCUCAUUACUAAACGUUACGUUCUAACUGCAGCUCAUUGUUUAAGCAACACAACAAUUGGGAAAUUGUUGUACGUACGAUUAGGCGUAUACAAUCUGACUUCAGCUCAAAAUUGCGUUAAACGUGAUGGCAUUGAAAUAUGUUCUGAUGGUUCGAUCAGAGUAGGGGUCGAGGAAACAAUGAAACAUGAUUUAUUUAUAUUAUCGAGGCAAUUUAUCGAAUACGAUGUCGCAUUAGUGCGAUUAUCAAAAGACAUUGUUUCGACUAAUUAUAUUAAGCCGAUUUGUUUGCCUAGAUCUUCUAUGAUCAAAAAAAGAUUGUAUGCAGCUGGUUGGGGUGCAACUUCGACGAGUAAUUCCUCGAAUGUUAAACUUAAAGUUUCUUUACCUCUCUUUGACAAAGAGAACUGUAAGAAAUUGUAUAAAUCACAAUUGAAUAUAACUCUAACUUUUGAACAUAUUUGUACCGGGGGGGAGGGAGGUAGAAAUACAUGUCGUGGUGAUUCAGGUGGACCACUUAUGGCUUAUCAGGAUUUACCUAAUGGUGAUAAAAUAUGGACAGCCGUAGGAGUCGUAUCUUUUGGACCUAGAUAUUGUGCUAUAGCUGGUUGGCCUACAGUUUCUGUUAAUGUAUAUAAUUUAAUUCCAUGGAUAAUUAGUAAAAUAAAACCUAUCUGUGGUAAAUUAAAAACACUCGUAGUCACGGAAUGUAUUGUUUGUUUUUCGUUGCUUAAGAAAUAUCAAAUAAAAAGUAUGUAUGUAUUAUUUACUGCAGUUGCUACCUUUUACAUAUCAUCGUUUAGCAUUGUUGAUGCACAAUAUCCAGAUUCACCUAAUUGUACUACACCAAAUGGAAUUGCUGGAAAUUGUAUUAGCAUACAUCAAUGUACACCAUUAUUAAAAAAACUAGAAGAAAAACCUCUUCGUCAAGAAACUAUUGACUAUUUAAAGGGUUCUCAAUGUGGUUUCGAUGGACUAGUUCCACUCGUAUGCUGUCCUCCUAACAUUGACUCGUCUAAUGCCAAUUUGAAUAAACCGUUAGAGAUAUCUACAGAAACCUCAAUAAGCACAUUACAGAAUGUAAAUAUUAAUGACGCUAUUAUUAAAUUACUCGAUAAUCCCUUGUUACCAAGUGAUUGUGGUAAAGAUUCGACACCUCGAGAUUUAGAAUCAGCAACUACUACCCUUGGCGAAUUUCCAUGGUUGGUAUUAUUGGAAUAUAAUAAUGGAAACAUUAGUGACUUUAAAGCCUUAGGAGCACUUAUAAGCAAACGUUAUGUUCUCACUGCUGCACAUUGUUUGAUAGAACGUCCUCUAUGGAAAUUAUCAAGAGUAAGAUUAGGAGUGCAUGAUUUGCGUUCAUCUACGAAUUGCGUUAAUGGUGAUGACGGGAAUAUAUGUUCUGAUGGUUCAAUCAGUGUUGAGGUCGAGGAAACAUUAAAACAUGAACUAUACGAACUAUAUACUAAAAUAAAUAAAAAUUAUGAUAUCGGAUUAGUUCGAUUAUCAAAAGACAUUGUUUCGACCUAUUAUGUUAAGCCUAUAUGUUUGCCUAGAUCUUCUGUAAUCGAUAAAAGAUUGUACGCAGCUGGUUGGGGUAGAACUUUGACGAGUUUAUCUUCAAAUGUUAAGCUUAAAGUUUCGUUACCACUCGUUGACAAAGAUACAUGUGAAAGAAUUUACAGAUCAAAUUCUCACUUAAAUCUAAGCUUUGAACAAAUUUGUGCCGGUGGUGAAAAAGAUAGAGAUGCAUGUUAUGGAGAUUCCGGUGGACCACUUAUGGGUUUUCGUUAUUUACCUAAUGGUGAUAAAAUAUGGACAGCCGAAGGAAUCGUAUCCUUUGGUAAUAAACAUUGUGGUUCCGUUGGUUGGCCUACUGUUUAUACAAAAGUAUAUGAUUUCAUUCCAUGGAUAAUUAGUAAAAUAAGGCCUUGAAAAGGUAUAUCUUUUAAAAGAUUAUAACUUUUUUAAAUUCUUUCUACUUAGAUAACAUUCACAUUGUACAUAAUGAUAUAUUAAUCUUCGUUCAUAUU